AUGGUUGAGUACAGUGGUAGAAUUUUACAGACAGUUUACAUGGUAGCAGCAUUCAGCGUAGUUUUUUGGCUCAUCAGUGGUGGGCCUGCAGCUGGGUCACAGUAUUCAAGAGGAAGUGAAGGUGAGAAGGAGAAGCAAAUGAAAAAGGUGUUGGGUUCAAGGCCUCCACAGUGUGUGAACAAGUGCUUGAAUUGUAAACCAUGUGUGGCUGCUUUAAUUGUUCCUCCCCACCCUAAAAGCCGAUUGAGAGCAUCAUCUGAAGAAGAUGAAAACUAUUAUCUGCUCUCAUGGAAAUGCAGAUGUGGGAACAAGCUGUUUCAUCCUUGA